AUUCAUCACAACAAUGGCGGGGUCCGGAAGCAAGUGAAAAAGUCUGUCCCAUGUUUAUCAAGUAAAUACUGCAUGUACAGGUUUAUUAAACAUUUCAAGAUAUUGACAUACUUGUCAUAACUACAGUAGGAGUCACAAAUCAGUGAAAACUAGCAGAUAACACAGGGGACGAGAACAAAUUCUGUGUCUGAUUGUUUUGUUGAGUUGAGAACAUCAUCACAAAAUUUGAUGGCCUGGAGUAACUGAUCAUCAUUAUGACAUCAUCAAGGGAGUAUGUUGAGGCCCAGUACCAUGCCAACACCUUGCCUCACCAUGCAAACACAAUGCCUCACAGUCACAACAAAGCUAGACCUGAUUCCGAAAUAUAUGACAAUGUCCCACCAGGAUCUGGAUAUGAAUUUCGCCCAUCAAGCGUUACCCCAGGUCAAAUGGCUGGAUUUAGACAGGCUAGUAUGUCCCCCACAAGGGUGCCUAACCGCUCGACUAGCACCCCACCCUACCGGACCCCUCAGGCUGACCCUACACAGGGAUUAGUUUUCGAGAACCCUUGGACACAGCUUGAGACACACGCAGAACACAGACAGACAAGCAGAUCUGAGACUAGGCGGGGUAAUGUGAGCAUGACACUACCUCUGAAACCUACAAACAACCCAUACCAGUCUGUUAAUGUGGCUCAAUUACGGAGUAUACGAUCACCACCCCCAGGGGCACAAAGGAGGGUGAUAUCCCCACCCCCUAUAGUAAACUCACAUCAACCGUCACCAGAACUUGCAUCACCGCAGCCUAGAAUGGGCAGUACUGUACGCAAUGCAGUAUCCCCACCUCCGGUUGUCACCCACAGGCGUGUGAUAUCCCCACCACCACCUGUUGCGCCCAAACCUUUCAGCCCGCCCCCAUAUUCUGGAAAUAAGAUGAACACUUGGUCGCCUAACAAAGGUGGGAGGCAGCAAACUGAUACCACAACUGAGACAAAGGUGACAAAAAUGGAGCGUGUGGAGAAGAAAGAAUGGAUGGAGCUAAAGACGGGGAGCAGUGGUUAUAACACCAUACAGCCUCAGAUACGGUCAUCACCAGGCAAAGAGAAUGUGAAAGUGCAACAACAGAACUUCAACGUUACAGAGACACAACAUAGUAAAUCUCCUAAAAUGGAAAAGGUUACCCUCAGAGAGCGAUCUGGAGAAAACGGAGUAAAAGGAGAUGGCAAAACUGACCACAUGGACUUUGUGGAUGGCCGCUGCUCAUGCUGUCCCUAUGGUUACCAUAUCGACCUGGAUUUCUUGCGUUAUUGCGAUGAUAUGGCCAAUGGAAAAUACCUUAAAAAAUUAAAGAAAAUUCAUCGUGAUAAACGCAAGUUACGAAAAUCAAUGGAAGUUUAUCUGCAGCAACAAGAAAUGAAAAUGAUGGAUAUAAAUAUUGGACCACCCCCUGAUGUAGUGAACACGAGUGAUCAACAGUUCAUCCAGGGUCUUCAAGUUGAAGAUGCAGCCAGUAAUAAGAUCCUUGAUGAGAUUGACACUUCCAUUGAAGGCACAUUAAGCUCUAUUGAUAUCCUUAUGGCAGCUGGUAAAGGAAAAGGCGGAAGUGAAAGUGAGAGUGAUUUGGCUAGUCCAUUAUCCCCCCAGUAUGAUUCAAGACCAUACCCAUAUCAACGUGACCGUCGUGGUUCAUCCAGCUCAAUGUCAUCUGUUGAUACUUUUGCAAGUCAAAGCGAGGCUUCCACUCCAAUUCCCUUCCUUCACGUCAACUCAAAAUAUGCCAACAUCACCUCAGAGAAUCUGGCAGCAACUCUUGCCUCUCUUCCUGUAUCUGCCGGCACCCCUUCGGGUCCCCAGUUAUCACAAGCAUCUCUACAGUCAAUCAGAGAGCAAAUGGCAUUUAGUUUACAGAGAAUGCGGGAGCUCGAGGAACAGGUGAAAGCCAUUCCUAUACUACAAGUAAGGAUAUCAGUGUUGAAAGAGGAGAAGAGAUUACUGAUGUUGCAGUUGAAGGCCAAGACUCACAACUUUAAUGUUCGCAGUGUGGGAGUUGGUGAUUUCAAGACAGAUCGCAAUGAAAUGAUAGACUCUGGAAAAAUCACAAAUAUCACAAGUACAGAUCACACAGAAUCACACAUGACAAGGCUAACUAGUAAGAAAACUUUUGACUAUGGUAUGUCUACUCCUAGAGCUGGUGAACGAGAUGUGAUUUCACCUGGAUUUGAUGCAACAUCUCCCUUGUCACCAGUCUCCCCAUGGGGUUCAAUUGAUGGACAGAUGCCCAAAAGCCCCAAGCCUAAGGUAGCUCCUAAACCUAAGAAGAUGACCAGUGUAGGCGUAGGAGGAGGAAAGGUUACAGAUUGGUACCUGGUACAACCCACCUUGCCUGAUAAUGCUACAGUACCUGGAGGUGGAUGGCAGAAAAUCACAGUUGAAGCUGGCAAGAAGGAACCUGUUUCUGUGCAUCAUACCACCAAACUUACAAAUAUUACGCUCACACCUAAAUCUCCUGAACCAGUACGUAAGGCUGCUAUGAGGAGCAUAGGUAUAGGAGAUGAAAGUGUGGAAGAGCCUUACCUACUGCAGCCAGCCAUUGCCCCUAGCCACCAGAUUGAGAUGUUCCAGUCACACAAUGUACACAUCCAUGAAAAGGAAAUCCACACUGUUAUGAUUGAUCAGGGCAAGGGAAUUAAAGCCCUUAAAUCACCAAAGCCUUUCGUUGCCCCUAAACCUGUAACAAGAAGUAUUGGAACGGGUGAUUCAAAUGUGUUUGAUACAGGAAGUGGUGUUCAUGUACAUGAGAAAGAACUGCGUACUGUUAUCCUUGAGCAGCCUCAACACCAACAGAAACGAACGAGAAAUGUGGGGAUAGAGUGCAAGGUUGCUACUAGAGAUGUAGGCGUGAUUUUCUAUAGUGAUGAGACCAAACCAUCUACAAGGAGUAUUGCUAUAGGGGUUGGAGAAUAUCGCCCACCACCUGAACCUGAGACUCAUACAUCUAGUUCUGAGAGUAGCACUGUGUACACUAGAACCAUCAUGGAAGAACACCACCAUGGACACAGAAUAGGAGGUGGGGGACAAGUUGGUCUCAACUUACCCAAUUCAGACAAAAUCAGAUUGGCCAUCCAAGAUGUUCUAUCUAAAUCUGUGAAAUCAGCCACAACACAAACAAACUAUUCCUCAAAAGAUUUCGGCCAGACAUGCUGUGCUAUUAACACUGUAAGUAGAGGUACUGGUGGUGAUACGAUCGAUGUUGAAGUACGGCCAGUCAUGAAGACACGCUCCAUGGGACUUCAAACGAAACCCUCAAUGACCAACAGGACUUGCUCUACAGACAUUGUCCACACACAUACAUCCACUACAAACACGCCAUCCCCCAACCCUACACACAAGUCCACCAACACUGUUACAGUAGUGAAGUACCCUGCAGCCACUAACACUGAUCCUAAGAUGAACCAUAAGACUGCCACCCAAACAGACCACAAAGUCUUCCUACACACAGAACAGCUCCUGAAUACUGGAGUCAACACAGAGGAACCAAAAGUGCGGAACAUGUCCACCGGCACAGAUGAGAAAAAAUUGACAGACUCUAAUUUUGAUUUUGAAAUCACAUUUAGUGACCAAUCCAUGAAUACUGUAUCAAUGGUGGACGAUAAAUCAACAAAUACAUUGAAGAUAAAGAAAACUGACACAGGAGUAAGUGAUGAUACAAUACAGAAGGUAGACUGUGAUAUGUGCGCUGCGAAAAAACGAAUGAUCAGUGUUGGAGUUGAUCAUAGAAUCUCAUCUCGCCAAGUAGGAGUUGGAAGCAGCUCAGUGAAUGAUGUUGUUUGUGACAAAUGUGGCCAGGUUCAGACAAGGGACAGGGGUGUAGGAGAAGACACAAUUGACAGUUUUGAUGUGGAAGUACAAGGUGUGGUUACAGAGACUAUAGAAAAAGAUCAAGUGUCUUGUAUGUUACAAGCAGGUACCCCAACUAAAACAGCCAAGACAGUGAAGAUUGCAAAGACUGAACCAACGACAACAACAACUGUAAAAGAGGAAGUCGUCAGUCAAGACAGUUUACGAGAUGUUGUCAGCAAAAUUAUCACAACAACUACAACAACUGAGGAAAUCACCGAAGAGGAAGAAACUAUAGAAGAAAAAACUGAACCUGUAAAGGAGGGUUCAAAAACAGAGAAAUCUGAGUCGAUUGUUGUGAGAUCUGAACCAGAGGUGAAGACAGAUGAAACACAAGAGGAAAUAACCACAACUGUGACUAAGGUUGAGAAGUCUGAACCACAGUGGGACAGUGAUGAAGGUCCACGUGAGAUGGAUGAAGAUGAAAUGGAUGAAGAUACAUUCUUCAUGGUCAGUGGUGGUGGAGGGUUUGACUCCGGUGAUAGCGGAGAAGAAGAACAAGAUAGAUUUAUAUAUGGGGGUGGUGAGACAACUAAAACUGGUGGAUUCUUGGGAAGAAAGUUUGAUGAUUUAUCAAAUAUUUCCCAAAUAGAAGAAUCACCCGAGAGAGAUAUUCCUAGCUUUAGAAGAACUACUACUUCUAAGGUUGAACCAGAACAGAAGACAAGUUCAAGUUUCACUAAGACUGUAACUACUAAAUCAGAACCAGAGAGGGAUUCAUCUUUCCAGACAAGGACUGUAACAAAAGCAAUGAAGCCUGAACGAGACACCAGUUCCUCCUCAUUUACUACAAAGACAGUCACAUCAAGAGUUGAGCCCGAACAUGAUUCCAGUUUCACAACAAGGACAAUAACAACACACAGUGAACCUACAGAAAAGUCAUCUUUCGCACGGACAAGGAAAAUUAUGACUGAGGUGGAACCAACAGUUGAAACAAAAACAAUAACAAGGAAAACAAUAACCAGGAUUGUGAAUGGGAAACCUGUUACGGAAGAAAUAGAAUUUGAAGGUGAUGACGAUGGAAACUUUUUGGAAUCUGGUGCAAGCUCAGGUGGAUCCAGUUUCACUACCAGGAAAAUUACAUCAUCUAUUCCAAUUACUCAGAAAUCUACAACGAGAACAAUAACUAGAACAGUCGAUGGCGAAACAGUGACGGAGGAGCACACUGAAGGAGAUGAAUCUGGUGAGAGAGUUGAUGGGGGACGACAGAGAACACGUGCAAGUAAGAUUAUCACAAGAGAUGCCCCCACUCCUGCAACCCAAGAAGUUAUGACAAAUAAAAUGAUCAACAGAAUGAUGGGUGGCUCACCAAUAAUGAAGGCCAUGACAGAGACUUUUGACUUUGAUGAUAGUAAUACAGUAGAAGAAGACAGGAUUGUGUCUGAACAAAGCAUCACUGAAACUGGAAAAGAUGGGAAGGAAGUUACAAGGCAGCGUAUCACAAAAAUAUUAAAUGGGAAAAGAAUCACGGAAGAAAUCAUCACUAAAGGUAAUAUAACUUCAAAAAGGAUUUUAUCAGAAAGUGAAGCAUCCAAACCAUUUGAUGGUAUGGCUGCUAUGAAUACGGGUACUACUUCUACAAGUGAACAAACUACAAUAAUUGCCAAUAAGGGUUCAGAAGCCUUCCAAACCCAAACACAGGAACCGACAAUGUCGUCCUUGAAAUCUGUUGUCUCAAAGGCGAUAGGAAGCUCAAGCUCAACAAGCAAUAAUAACAAUGGCAAUAAAGGAGGUGUAACCACCACUAAGACUGUAAGAACAGUACGACUUGGUGGUUCAGGGGAUGAUGAAACAACAGAGACAGUAACUGAAGUGACGACAUGUGAAGAUGGUACUAGUCUGGCAGAUAAUGGAGUCAAAUCCAUAUUAAAGAGAAGAGAUAGCACAGAUAAAUCUGCUGGGAAGAAGGGCAUAAGCUUUGCUGAAGGAACAGUGGGAGGGUUCGAACUGUCAGAAGAGGCACAGAAAGCAUGUCAGGUUUAUGCUAACUACCUUGAAGACUCCACUAAUGUUACCACUAAGGAACUGAAUUCCAGUUUGAAUGCUAUACAGCAAGAGUGGUUCAAGGCCUCCAGUCACAAACUUUCGAACCCCUCCAUGGUAGAGGACUUUUUAUCCUGUUUUAGCGAGUACUCAAAGUCCCUGCUAGAUAAGGUGGUCAAUAUGGCUGAUGCUAACGGGAACACAGCAAUACACUAUGCAGUAUCUCACUGCAAUUUUGAGAUCGUCACCUUGCUUUUGGACACAGGUUUGUGUAACGUGAAUAAGCCAAACAAGGCAGGUUACACCGCAAUCAUGCUGGCCUCAUUGGCUGUUAUACAAACAGAGCUGCAGAAAACUGUUGUAAGGCAUCUCUUUGAGGCUGGGGAUGUCAAUGCCAGGGCUUCACAGGCUGGCCAGACUGCCCUCAUGUUGGCUGUGAGUCAUGGACGAACAGACACUGUGUCACUCCUGAUGCAAUGUGGUGCUGACAUCAACGCUAAAGAUGAAGAUGGCUCUACUGCAUUGAUGUGUGCCAGCGAACAUGGCCACGCUGAAAUCGUCAAAUUGUUGCUUGCUCACCCUCAUUGUGACGCUACCCUAACUGAUAAUGAUGGUAGCACAGCAUUGUCAAUAGCGAUGGAGGCCAACCACAGAGAUAUUGGUGUUCUAAUUUAUGCACAUGUCAACUAUCGAUCAAAAGGAUCACCGCAAACUAGCUCCAGCUCUGUGAAUCAACAACAUGGUGAAUCUGUUCAAUUGAGCUCAUUGAGUGAAAAACAUGAAACAUCUAGUGGCUCAAGCUCAUUGGGUCAAUCCGGUGGCUCAAGCUCAUUUGGGCAAUCUAGCG